UUGACGCUCGUUAGCAUAAUUGGGGAACUCGGUCGCAAUAUAUUGAGGACGGAAUCCCAGCUCACGGCUUCGAUUCACGAGUUAGGCGUAUGAAGUAAACUGCCCGUGGCUUCCAUAGGUAUUGAUCUUGGCUGUAGUUGGAACCUGACAGAAAUCAUAUGACGUUGUCCGCAGUGUGUGGUUGUACACAAUGAAGCGAAGACAGUAGGGCAGGAACGAGCUCCUGAAACCGUCUUGUUUCUUAUCGAUCGAGUGGAACUGUACGGCAGUAGGGGAAAGUCUUCCCAGAGAGGACGGCAGCAGAAGGUUGGGUUGCCUCUGCUUAACGUAUCGCUCAAGUGUCGUCUGCUCUUGUGAGAAAGCGCGGGAAAGUGUGAGUCACGCGCCAAGCUACCGGGAACCGUCAUUAGAUUAGCAGACGACAAUGUAAACGAUUCGUGAAAAGACAUUUCUUCGAUAUGGACACCCCAGCAUUACUGUUACAACAUGGAGGUCUCGUAUGUACUGGGGAAUUUCGGAUCGAAUCCAAGAUGGCGACCGGACCCUGGAAUGGGGAAACGCCGACGUUAAUACUGUCACAAUGACCAUCGCGACUUAAUGUCAUGUUUCACCGAUACUGUUAAGCAAUCUCGAAGUCUAUGCAUGACCCAGGGGUGUUAGUUUCGGCCAGAACUGAUCUACUCAUCACAUCGUACUAUUCUCUUUCUCUGUUGUGCCUUCUUUGCCUCUCAAGUAUAGUGCUAGUGAUCCGUGCUAUUCAGAUAGUAAUGGGCAACGAGGGGAGUGCUCACUCGUCUGAAUGCAGCACACCACUUUCUGAGUAUGCAUCUAUGUAUUCGUACUCCCUGGGGUCCCGACCCCGUUCGUCUGUCCCCUCCACAAGGGCCCCUUCCCCAACGUUGCCCCCCGAGCCCGAUCUCAGCCACCUAAGUCCCGAGGAAGUCGCCAAGAUAAAGAGUGUGAUGGACCGCGCCAAGAAUAUGCAAGCUCAGGAGCAGAUGCGCGUCAGGAAUCUGGAAGAGGAAUACAUAGAAUAUGCCACACGGAUUGAGAGGGAAGCAUCGUUGUCCGAGCUUAGUGAUUCCGGAUGUUCACUGUGUCCUAUAUGCAACAUAAAUGAGAUCCGACUGAACGAGGAUGGGUCCAGAGAAGGUCCAAACGUGUGUGUGGAUUGUGAGAAGAUCACGUGCCCCGGAUGUGGGGAGCUCAAUACUAGCUUAACCACCAAGGCUCAGGAAUGGGUGUGUUUGGUCUGUGAAAAGCGACGACGACUGAUAAUGAGCACGGGUCUGUGGUACCAUGGUUACCACCCGGAAGCAGAUCUACCCCUAGAGCGAGAGUUGGAGGAUCAACUGGAUCCCCGCGAAGAGGGCGUGGACCUUCAGGGAUACGAGGUACCGGAAGUAGAGGGCGCUGCAGCACUUCCGCUAGGAUACCCGGAAGCUCAUCGGAUCUCGCAGGGUCCUUCGCCAAGUUUCAUGGACGGGGCUCGGGCAAUGGACCAUAGCCUCCACAGUCAGCAUAGUCGUAUGUCUGGCUCUCGAAUGGACAGCUCGGCAGACUCUCUUAGUCUCAAGGACUCUUCAGUCAGUUCCUUUGAGAUUAUACCGGCAAAGCCUUCACGAUUCAAAGGCGUCCUAUUAACUGUAAUGGGGCCAUGCGGCACCGGUGGGGUGAUGACGAAGAGCGACUCCGAUGAGUACUCUGAUUAUGAGAUGGAGGAUAUUUCAGAGAAGCCCCGCACUGAAGGCACGAGCACUGAUGACGCGGGCGACGACUUCUCUUCCAUGAGCACAUCAAUGAGCACCGUAAGUAAUGGCGACAGGGGGCCGAAGCCUCGCCGGAAACACAGGCCCAAAUCACUUAAUCUGUCUCGUUCCCACAGCCUGACGUCAUCAGAUGACGAAGGUGACGGCGACCAAUCAGAACUGGGCACUAAUCAAGACUCAGAAGAGGUCGGAAGCAUGCGCAGUGAUGACACAGAUGCAGCAUUUGAUUUGGGCAUGCAAGCGAUUCCGGAAAUCCCCGACCGAGAUUACCCCCCGCCUCUACAAGGUUUAACUGUAGGAGAUCCGAAUGAGAAAAACUUGAGUAGCCCAACUCCUCCUCGAAGUCCUAGUUGGAGGGAAGGUUUGGAAAGCCCCCCAUUUUCACCCAGAAGGAAGGAUUCCUACCCUGGUAAAAGAAGAGGGUCACCUGUUUCACCGAAGGACAAGAGACAUCAUUUCACCUACAAUGAUAUCUCACCUCCAUCCAGACAACUCUCUUUAGAUGAUCUGUAUGCUGACGGACAGGGUGUUAAUAUGGACCCGCCCCAGCAGACAGUAUUAUUAGCACAGAAGCCCUCUCCAUUGUCACCAGAAGAGAUUAAAACCUCAUUGGUCACGACAUUAGGAGAACCCUUAACCUUUGAUAUGUCAUCGAGAGAAAAGAAAACCAGUGCUUCCACCCCUCAGGUACGUCAUUUCGAUGAUUCAGACAGCUUAACCGACAGUGCUCCUGUGAUGGACCUAGCUACCUAUGCUGCCACAAUCGCCAGCAGCACAGCGAGUCUCACAUCAAUGAGCGUGUCUCCUACCAACUUACGCGUCAACACAUCCAGCUAUGACUCGGACCAAGUCUCCCCAGAAUCAAUGGACAGCGCGGAAUCGCCAACGUCACCGGUAUCUCCCGGGUAUUACGACAAUGCAACAACCCCCGAGGAAGAAGUGGAAUUGGCAGAUCCUUCUACGAAGGCUAUUGAUUAUCAAGGAAGCAAAAGACAGAAGGCGAGGCCCCCUACCACAGACUGGUCCCCUGUCAUAGACCUCUCACCCAUCUUGGACGUGUCUCCAUCAGUAGAGGAGGCGGAACAAGAAGACAUGCUAGCCAAACAGAUGGAGGAAUUGGAGCGACAGAGGUCCAGAGAGGAAGAACAGGAUGAGGCGGAUGAAGAAGCUGAGGAACUGGUUUGUGCUAUUGGUGCUGCUGCUGUAGUGCGUCCCGUUGAAGAAGAAGAGGAGGAAGACUUUACGUACACAGGUCUCAAGAGAUAUAACAUCAUGGAGAAUAUUAGUAUCAUAGACGGGAAUGGGAAGCAAGUUACUGUUCAGAACCUCAGAGACGAGAAUGGCAAUGGGAACUAUGAUGACGGGGAUGGAGAAGAGGCAUGUCAUUCUAAAGAUGAUUUCCCUGUUAUGGAUUGUACAAGUCUUGCUCAGCCAGUGCCUGCUGCGAGGACAACUAUUACAUAUUCUAAGUCUGGAAUAGGGAGUGAAUGUGGUCAGGUUAAAACAGUCAGUUCUUCGCGACCGCAUGUUGAAAAUAGCACCACAAGCGAAAUAAGGAAAAUAAGCGAGGAUCUGCAAAACAUGCUCAAAACAGGAGCAGCAAACGUGAAGCCGAUACCACCACCGAAGCCCAGGAGAAAGCUUCCAGAUCCAACUCCAGAGAUCUUGGCAUCUCAAAAAACACCCGCUGGAAAGCCAGUCCCACCACAAAAACCAUUAAUCCUACCACCGACUGCCAGUAAUCUGGCUCUAGUUGAUAAAAGUGUAUCGAGUUCUCAGGAAUCGCUUAAAAGCACAAGCACAUCAAAUGGCAAAACACUCCCUCGACAGGACUCUACUGAGAGACGAAAGGCAAAGGAUCUUAAGGCAAAACCUAAUCCUCUCCUUAUUCAACACAUAGAGUCAGAGGAACAAUCCGUCUCACCCCAAUAUAAGGUUCUUGACUCCCCACCCACACCAGAACAGAAAACCUCAAUAAAACGCGAGUUCUCGGAGAGCACCUCUGUGUCCCCCUCAUCCUCUCCCGAUCACGAACUGUACACAUUCCCCUCCCCAGUAACUCCUCCAGAUUCGGACUCCUCCCCUCCCAAACCCCACUCCCCCUCCUCCACUGGCACUGACCUGGACGAGGAACUAGCAGCGCAGAAACCAACACGGACGAUUUCCUAUGGAAGUAGCCUAAGCGAUUUGUGCAACCAGAAUGUACCCGAGCCAAUGGAAGUACCGGAAGUAACAGAAGGCGCAUGUGCAGCUCCUCUUCAAGCUGCUCCACAAGAAGCUUCUCCACAAGAGCCACAUGUGCCGGAAGUAGUGGCAGAGGUGGAGGAACCUCGCCCAAGUAUUCGUGAUAAGCUAAAAUAUUUUGAGGAGGUAAAGAGUGACCUCACCUCUCCACACAGUAGCUCUGCGAUAGCAGCUCGUCCUAAGGAACCUCCUAAGAUCGAGCCAAAGAAAGAACCUAAAGAGCUGAAGAGGGAACCAAAAGAGCUGAAAAAAGAACCUAAAGAGCUGAAGAGGGAACUAAAAGAGCCGAAGAAAGAACCUAAGGAACUGAAGAAGGAACCUAAAGAGGCGAAGAAAGAACCUAAAGAGCCGAAGAAAGAACCUAAAGAGCCAAAGAAGGAACCUAAAGAAAAGAAAGAUCCGAAAAAAGUGAGGAGAAAACUGCCACCAAUCCCAACGAACGAGGAGCCAGUACUCACACCCAAAGCCAAACUAAAGGGAACCAAGCAAGUUGCCCUCAAAGCCCGCCAAGAACCGCAGAAACCUCCCAAACCACCAAAGCCUUCACCUGAUCACAGAAAGUACUCCUCCCAAAGUGAUGACUCUAUGAAUGAAGAUGAUUUGGAAGUGGCAAGAAUAAAUAGAAUUCCAGAGAAGAAGGUGCUUUCAUCGGUCGGCAAGGCCAAGAGCUUUGACAUCAGCGAGCGAAUGCUGCAGGAGAAGAGGGAUACUUUAGUCUCGACUCAAAUGAAGCUACAGAGAGCUGGUUCCCUGGGUACCAGUAUUCUUCCCAAGGAUGAGACUGAUGCAAUAAUUGACUCUUUGAUUAAUAUUUAUGGCAUUCCAUGUACUGAGGCUAUGAUAUCCUUGAAGAAAAGGCUGCAGGAGGAGCUUAGAAGAGUGACGUUGGAUAGGAAACGAAAACUGGAGGAACUGGAAGAGAUACGGGCUCUACAGAUGCAGAUAGGUGCGCUGAAGCUAGAAACUGAACUGAUUCAAAGACAGGCGUAUCUAGCCAGAAAUGGAAAGUUACCUCCAGCUACUACCCAACUGGAGCAGGACUCAAGGAGGAGAGGAUUAUCCCCUUCGACGUCCUUGACCCCUAGGUCGUCUCCUCAGGUCACGCCUAGGAGGCAGAGACAUAAACGCCAGUCCUCGGAUCCCAUGAUAGCGAAGUUUAGUCCUAUUAAGGAGGAUAAGGACAUUGAGGCUGAUUUCCAGGCCAAAAUGAGUGACAGUGCAGAUGCUCGACAGAGUUCAAAGUAUUCCACAGAUGAUAGUUCGCUCUCUGGUCUCAGUGACACUGAAAGCACCAGAUCCGAGCCUGUGUCUAAUGCAAGAUACAAAAAAAUCAAACCAUCAGCUUAUGCACGAAUGUUUUAUACGGGCAAAACUAACUCCAGUGAGAGAUUGCAGCCUGACCAGGGACAAUUUAAUGGACAAAUGCCAAUGUCGGUAAGUAGGUCAGAAAGCCAACUGCCCGGAAGUUCAAGGUCGGGGUCAAGGUCAGGCUCAAGAACGCCUACCUAUUAUUCGGACGAUGACGAAGGUAAAAUUAAGGAAGAAAAGAAGGCACGGUUACAAUACGAGAUUGAUAAACGAAAGAGACAGUUAGAGGAAACUGCUAGGUUGAAAACAGAACUGUUAAAAUUAGCCCGGGCACGGCAAUCAAUGGCGCACAGCUAUGACGAUAUACCUGGCCGCUACGGUUCCUCCCCGUAUGGCCCCCAAAGACCCAUACCUACAGGUAUUAUCAGACCACUGGACGACGAAUCCCGUUACGAUAGAGAUGACAUAGACCCUUACAGGGAUCCCCAGGACAGGCGGUCGGGGUAUCACUCAAACUACAGCUCCACGGAGUACCUGGCUCAUAAGCAAGAGACGUCACGUCGACAUCGUUCCGACGACGCAGGCAUCUACCAAAACUACAGCGAUUACGCCGACCCGACGACUUUCUCCCCACCAUCCACACUCUCUCGCAGAAUGGAUUCGUACCCAUCUGUUGCUGCAAGGGAGGGUAAUGUUCAAGUGAGCGCCAGGGAUGCUAGGCUGUCUAGCAGUGUAACGCUACCUGAUAUGUAUUCUAAUAGGGCUGAUUUAGAUUUUGUUCCCACCAGGGAUUCAGUAUCUUACAACGCCUUCUCUGAUGCCGAGAGCCCAGCCAGUGACUACACGCCCGCCAUGCCACUGCUAGAUGACGUCACAGCCAAGUCCAGGAAGAUCAUCCAUGACAUUGGAACCGGAAGUAGACCUGUGUCGGCUGAGUUCAACUUCCCUGGAGGGGUAGAAGACCUGAUGAAUGCCGUCUACCGGACAGAGAGUGACAACAGCGUGGACGCCGAUGAACCAAUCAUGAAGCACAUGACAGAAGGGGGCGUGACCAUCCUCAAACAGCUGGACAGGAGGAGGAAGCCACCACCCCCGGAGCCCAUCAAGUACAACUUCCCCACCAAGCGUAUCCUGGUGACACGUGACCCCAAGGACCGGUGUGUGACAGGUAGGAAAGGCAACGGAAUUGGAAUGAAGAUUGUUGGUGGUAAGCAGAUACCUGGAACCAAUCAGAUUGGAGCAUUUGUGACAUCAAUAUACCCUGGUGGAAUAGCGGAGCAGCUGCACGGAGAGCUCGAGAUAGGGGACCAGGUGCUGGAGUGGAACGGUAUCUCCCUAUCGGGUCGGACAUAUGAAGAUGUGCAGCAGAUCAUCACCCAGCCUAAUGGAGAGAUCGAGAUGGUGGUCAGACCACUGUCCAAGCACCGAGGCAGGCGGGCAGUUCCGGACCACUGCAUGGAGGCCGGAAGUUGUCACUCCUCUUACGACAAUCUGGACAGCGAGGAGGAGCAAGAUUCCCGAUACGCAUCACGCCACGGAGUCGACCCCCGACAACUGGCGGCCCAGCUGGAGGAGAUUCAGGAGACAGGGGGGUCCCCCGAGAACUCCCCCUCCUCUUCCCACCAGGACUUCCUCACCCCAAGCAUGUCUUCGCCUUGUAGCACACCACACUCCGAUCCCACAUCCACCCUCCCUGACAGCAGACAGCGUUCAGCUGCCAAUCAUUCUGACAUGGCGUCUUCUCAUGACAGGAUUAAAGUGGUUGACGUAGCGUCUGACAGCUCCCGGCACCAUAGCGACAACGGCCGGACAGCUACACCGUCGGACAGGAGGAGGAGAGGUCGGGACUCCGAGUCGUCGUCGACGGAGAGACGCCGAGUUGUUGAAAGUGACCAGAGCCCGGCGUCCUCAGAUCGACACAGACUGGACAGGAGGCGAGAACAGAGUUCCAGUUCUCGAUCCAGACACAGGUCAGCAAAAGAUCCACCGGUUCCUGUUCCUCGGGACAGACACAGGAACAAAGAUGGCGUCGACAGGUCCCCAUCUUCAGAUCGGCUCAAGGUUUCCCGUGGGUCCGACCCUAAUCUCAAUCGCUCAAACGGACAGCAUUUAUCAGACGAGAGCAGUCGGUCUUCCACCCCUUCCUCCAGACGCAGAUCCAGAGAGAAUGAGUCAACCAGAACAAGUAACCUACGGGGGGAUUCAUCCGAAUCGGAACGUAGAUCCUCGUCGGAAAUGUUGAAGCUUGAACCAAUAAGUGCCCCACCUUCCCGUUCCCCCUCCAAACGCCGUCUGGCGAGCAAGGGAGACAACUCAACUUCACCUGACAGACGUCAGUCCAGUCUGCCUGAGACUUCCGCCCCGACCACCUCCUCCGACCGACAUAGAAGCAAUAGUCACCCAGAGAACCACUCAUCCCACUCCCACAAAGGACGCAAACACUCCGGCGGACACCGUGACAAGGAAAAGGAAAAGGAAAAAGAAAAAGAAAAAGAAAAAGGCGAGUCCUCGCCAUCAAACAAUGGAGUAGGGGACAUUCAGCUACAAAUAAGUCAAGAUGACUUCGACAACACGCUCAACGUGCACGUGAUCCAGUCCCGCAAUCUCAGACCACGUGACAUCAACGGCCUAUCAGAUCCAUUCGUCAAAGUCUACCUUCUCCCUGGUCGCGGCCAAGAGAACAAGCGUCGUACCCGUCACAUCUCGCGGACGUUGAACCCGGAGUGGCACCAGACGUUGAUGUUCCAGAACGUGGCCAAGGGGGAGCUGCUGAACAAGGUGCUUGAGAUCACGCUGUGGGACUACGACAGGUUCAAGACCAAUGACUUCCUUGGGGAACUCAUCCUGGAGCUGUCAGAGGAGGGUUUCCUUGACAACAAACCACACUGGUACCCUCUAAGAGAUCACGUGGCUUGUGCCAGUUUUGAGCUGCCCAAAUCGAGUGUCCCUCCUCCCUACCAUUCCAUUGAUGCCAUAGAACCACAGGAACCACCACAAGAACUGUCAAAACCCAGCAAGAGAAGCAACGGACGCUCAAAGAAACACGGAUCCGGCGAUCACCAUGGAUCCGACUCGCAGAUGGGACCCAGGAGGAGAUCCCUGGGGACACUUAAUGAUGACCCACAAGAAAGUCAAGCGCCGUCACCAAGACAUCAUCGCAAGGCUGCUUCCGCUACGUCAUCUCCGGUUCCUAAACGACGUUCACGUGACUCGAAAUCUCCGAACAACCGCUCAAAUGGUAAACGUGUUCCACAUAGGUGUCUUCGCACGUGUUGCAGUGAGGAAUCAACAAGUCCUGUUUACGUGGAAAUUGAAAGUAUACCCGCUAAGAUUGACUAAAUAAAUACUUGUGAAACUUGAGUUGUUGAUAUUUACUAGACGUCUAGCAGCAGAGUGAACGGGUAGCAUGUUUCUCAUGGGUGUAUAGAUACCAUCUAUGGGCUAGAUGUAGAUAUACGACUAGAAAGCGGACUAGAUAGAAUAAUAUCAUGGACAUAGUUUCAGCAAGUGCCAAAUUUAUCAAUGUAUGGGUGUGUGACUUCAUUAGUGUUCCUGAGGUCAAGGUCAUCAGAAGGUCACAAAAGUCUACACUGUCAUGGCUCUGAGUCCUCAACAUCUUUCGAGAUGAGGAGACAGCCAUGUGGUGACGUCUGUCUCCAGAUCGAGGCUUUCAGAGAUUCUGAGGUCAAGGUCGACGAGGGUUGAGGUCAUAAUCAGAAGAAGCCUUUUUGCUCAUAAUGGAACACUUUGUAUGGAUUUGAGUAGUUUCAGGAUUACUUAGUGUUGAAUGUUCAACGUCGUGUGAUUUUCAUAUAACCCACCAUGUUAUAUCUCAGUGGACCCUUACGUUUUCAUCAUUUUGUUUCAUGAUGAACGUUCGAUUUUACUCACUAUUUCUUAGUGUAAUUCAUUUUCAAAGGUGACGUCAUAACUCUACAUUAUAGUUCCGGUAUGAGGGGAGAUAACUCCCAUCUAUGUUGCUGCAUGUUAAACAGCCUGUUUCAUAUUGCCACGGAAUGUACAGAUUGUCGUGUUGAAAUAGUGUACAGUGACGCUUCAUAUCCCAUAUCUUACAAUGUUUAUAAGUAUGUACAGUUAUAGGAAGUGAGAGCUUAAAUCAGUUCUUGUAUAUUUUAAUCGUAACAUGAUUUCUAAUAUUUCGGAUGUAAGAGGCAAUGUCUACUUAAAUAAUAACUUUGUGGUUAAAGAUGAACGGAAUUUUAACAUCAAUAUAUAAACAACAAAAAGAUAAAGAUGUGUGUUGUGUUGUGAUAAUAACGUCAUGUUACGUUCAUUUAAAAAAUGUGGACUAAAAACAACCUACAUAUGUGUUACUAUAAUGUACAGCAAGAUCAACCCUGAUUGUAUGCUCUAUCCGGGCCCCAGUUGCCUGCAUGACGGCCCUGAAAAAGACUGUAUGUGCGCGAUGCUGUUUGUUUGUUUGUUUGUAUAAUAUGCACUAUAAACUGACAUAGGCAAAAGAGGAAGUGUUGUAAAUACACCCAGGAAUAAUAUGCACAGCAUGCGCUAUAUGUUAUUGUUAAUAAUUGUAAAUUACGAUCACUGUGUAAUGCAAUGGCGGUUGAGAUUAUUAUAAUCACUCUUGUAGAUUAUGUGUAUACAGUUCUUGUUAUAUUAAUAUACCCUGUACAUCACUUAAUUGUUCAGUGUAAAUAUAAAUACAUUCUAUUUGUUUAUUAUUAAGAUAUUUAUCAUUCUGUCAAACGGCUUAUUCCCUUGCUGUUCUUGUGCAUAUUGACACUUAAACUUAGAUACAAAUAUUUUAUCCCGAUGAAAUCGGAAGAAAAUGAUUUGACUAAACCACGUUGUUGUGUUUUGAUUUAGGCCAAAAUAGUGUUCAGCCCUUGGUGUGUACAGUGUUCGGCCAAAAUAGUGUUCAGCCCUUGGUGUGUACGGGCAAAGUAGUGUUUAACCCUUGGUGCGUACAGUGUUCGGCCAAAAUAGUGUUCAGCCCUUGGUGCGUACGGGCAAAGUAGUGUAUAACCCUUGGUGUGUACAGUGUUCGGCCAAAAUAGUGUUCAGCCCUUGGUGCGUACGGGCAAAGUAGUGUUUAACCCUUGGUGUGUACAGUGUUCGGCCAAAAUAGUGUAUAGCCUUUGGUGUGUACAGUGUAAGGCCAAAUAAGAAAAAUAGUUUGUUUGCCCAUACUGGAUCAACUCUGUCCCUGACUAAACAUGUUCUGGAACUAGAGGAUGUUGACAACUGAGCAAAUGAAAGUUAUUAACAUCUAUGGGUUGAUUAACUGUGACAAAUGACAUAUUAUUUAUGAAUCAUUCAUUUUUUGUUUAUGAUAGCUAUUUUUUUGUAAAUGGAACCCCAUCAUUUUGUAUAUUUUAAUAUAAGGUAUCAGUUGAAAUAUAUUUUUUCCACCCACCUUCCAAACCAGUUCUGUAUUGGGUACGGGCACAUCGAUAUAUUUGUCACAAUGGCCUUACGACUAAUCUCGUUGCUGGAACGAGUGUUUAAACCAUCUCGGUAUGGAACAACAAGGGACUUUGUACGUUAAAUUCCAAAGAAUUCAAAAUGGUGAUUUCAUAAUUAUCUAUUUCUGCAAGAAAAGUGAAAACGGCUUACAUCUAGUGUCCUAUGAUUUGACAAUACUUACAGGUGGAUAACAGGCUGUAUACAAGGUGCUGUGAUAUAUAACUCCAUACAGAACUCCCACUGACCGAAACGCUCUCCCAAACACAUACUCCUCAAAAGAAGCUCAAGAACACCGAUUCUUUUUCAUAUGACUAUUUCUUUUAGUUAAUCUGCCCUAUAGUAUGAGUGGUAUACAUAGAGCACAAUGUAUUGCAAUGGUUCGUUUCUUCCGUUAGGAAGCCUCAAAAAUGGUUAUCAUGCAAAGCGUUUAUCAAUAUUGGAAGGACCAUUUGCCAUGGGUCUGGGGCGGAAACUUCAAACCGCCAUGACAGUCAGACAGUUGUGAGUGUUAUUGAUUUCCAGGACAAAAAACAACAUUGUUACUUUGUAGCUGUUUAUUUUUUGUGAUUGGAAUAAGACGAUUUACUACUUUCCUUUAUAUUAUGGCUAAAUAUUUCUUUAUAGUUUUAUAAGAAGGAUGUUCUUUAACUUGUUUUGAGUAGCAUCGUUUCAGUAAUAUAUUUCUUAAAACACAUUCUUAUUUACAUUAAUGAUUAUCGACUAUUUUCUAAACGUUUUCGUGUUUGUUAAGUCUAUAUGUUUCAAUAUUGCCGUUAGAACCUUUAUGAAGUAUUAUAUAUUCAGAAUAGUAUUUCUUUCAAAUCUUAAAAUUCUAGUUUGUUUUAAAGAACCCUAAUUCCCGGCUAAUAAUAUUUCACUCCUUGUAUUUUCGAAAUAUUUCAGACAAGGAACAGCAAAUAACACGGGAAUGAGUUUCAUACAUACACAUUUUAACGCGAAUAACUCUCCACACAGUUUAGUAAGUAUGUAUCGUGUUUAAGUAAAAUUGAAUCGCAGCGCAACAAAGAAACGGAACGUUUUCAAGUGUAUAUGUUCCUAUGUUCGUAAAGCUAGAGGGCCCCCUAUUUGACUAAAUUGACCAUAUACACACCAGACUGACCAAUUGUCACGUGCGUGUCCGGCAUGGAAUCACUUGACCGGUCUUCGUGUUUGGUUUGACCGAGGCUGAAAGUGAUACAUUUGAAUUAAAAAAACUUUGCUCAGUCCAAGCACCUGUAUUUUCGGUUUCAACAUGUUAUUGCAUUGUUCCAUCUGUAAGCAUGGUAUAAAACCUCAACGCCAGAAUUAACCAGUCUCGAUUAAGGUAUUCCUGAAGAUAAUAAGAUAAGAAACCAACAGCCACUGUCAGUAUUAUCAUUAUCAUCAUCGAUGGAAACCUGGUACAUCCUCAUUGAUGGUCCACACUACUCCUCAAAACAAACACCCCAGUGGUCGUUACCUUCCUUUUGUAUUCAUCUAUUGUCCGAAACAAACUCGAUUGCUGUUGGUGACAAAUGUUCCGCGUUAUUUUUCUCACAUCAGUCGCGACGAGAUCAUGUUUCAUCGUUUGUCAAUACGUACCCGUGCUCGUGUUCCACGUGGUAAACAUUUUAGGCCUGCACCACUUUUCUCUCACGUUACGGUGACACGCCGCGAUAUAACUGAAUACUGUUCAAAGAGGCGUUAAACCAAACACACUCACUCGUUUGUUAUGUAGGGUAUAACACAGGGAUUCUAAAAACUAUUGGUGAGUGAAUCACUGAAGGAACUAUUAUUAUCCUACAUCCAAGAUUAUUCCAGGUUUAAGUCAAAGUUAUUCAAGGUUUAAAUCUAAGGUUAUUUUAGAUUUAGAUCCAAGUUUAUUCCAGGUUUAAAUCCAAGGUUAUUCUCAGUUUUAUUCCAAGUUUAUUCUACCUGUACAUCUAAGGUUAUUCUCGGUUUAAAUCCAAGCUUAUUCUACCUGUAAAUCCACGCUUAUUCUAGGUUUAAAUCCAAGAUUAUUGUAUCUUCAAACCCAAGCUUAUUCAAGGUUUAAAUCCAAGGUUAUUCUUGGUUUAAAUUCAAGCUUAUUCUACCUGUAAAUCCAAGCCUAUUCUAGGUUUAAAUCCAAGAUAAUUGUACCUUUAAACCCAUGGUAAAUCAAGCUUUAAUUUCAAGCUUAUUCUAGUUGUAAAUCGGUUAUAUCUAGGUUUAGUGUAUUUGGUGGUUGUAUCAAAAUAAGCAUCGCUGUGACGGUUUUUUGUUCAGAUGAAUCUGUCAAUAAGUUGCACAAAGAUUAUUAAUUAUAUCAAAUUAUUUCAGCCUGAUAUUUGUAAACAAUUUCAUUUAUUCUAAAUCGCAACACACCGAGGAGUUCUUUAUUUAUGAUGGUGCCGUAUUGUACAAUAGUGAUGUUCAAUGAUUUACACUAACGGUAGUAUUCACUUCCCCAAUCACGUGCACGAACCCCCAACACCACCUCACAACCCCAAUACCUACUCCAACCUCAUCACAACCCCAAACCCACAACAGUUAAACAGGUGAUUCAUUUGCCCUAUAUUCCCCACGAGGGAUUACAGCCACGCCAACUUCAACACUGUGGUGUGUCAAAUAGCUAGACAGACAUUGUUGUCAUCUCAUAUAGCCUAGUCGUGUCACAUGCGUAUUGUAUCUCCACACCCAGACACACUAAAUCCACAUGUCCCGAUCCUUCAUUGUACACAACACCGCGACUCUAUACAGGUCAUUCCGACUCGGAACACAUUUCACCUUUGGACAAAUCUGUUUCCUGGGGGUAGUUUUAAUAAGCGACACACAGUAUACUGAAUGGGAUGUACUGUAUAUUGCAUGUGAUGAACUGUAUAUUGCAUGUGAUGUACUGUAUAUUGCAUGUGUUGUACUGUAUAUUGCAUGUGAUGUACUGUAUAUUGCAUGUAUAUUGCAUGUGAUGUACUGUAUAUUGCAUGUGAUGUACUGUAUAUUGCAUGUGAUGUACUGUAUAUUGCAUGUGAUGUACUGUAUAUUGCAUGUGAUGUACUGUAUAUUGCAUGUGAUGAACUGUAUAUUGCAUGUGAUGUACUGUAUAUAUAGAUGUGAUGUACUGUAUAUUGCAUGUGAUGUACUGUAUAUUGCAUAUGAUAUACUACAUUGACAUACUGUAUAAUACAUUGAUUUACUGUAUACGGCAUGUAAUAUACUAUACAUGUAUAUUGUAAAUGUUAGUAUGCCCAGUAUAUUAAAGUUUGGGAGUAUGAAACGGGCAAAGGUCAAUUUUGGUCAAGGUUUCAUAUACCUCUUUGAUAGACCGAUAACAAGAUCCCACAUGAACAAUUCAAAUACAUAAAUGGAGAAAUAUAUAAUAACGUUUAUUGUUUUUCGAGUUCUUAAGUUAUCGAUAAUUAAUCCUCGGUCGUUAUUUGUAGAAAACAUUUACCUUGCAGUUGUAUGAUAUUUACAAAUAGUUUCAAGGAAUUACAUUUAUGCAAGCGAUAUAAUUAAGACAUCGCUUUUGUCCUAAACCUAAUGUUGUAUAUCACAUCUUUGAAAAGCCUAAUCAUCGCUUUUACAAACGUCAUCCUUUAAAGCAAACGUAUAUCUCAUCUAAAAGGGCGAUUCCUAGACCCAAUUUCUGAGUCUGCUUUUUACUUCGCGGAACAUAUAAACUACGGUAGUGCCGCUUGUCUUGAGCCUGUGAAUUACUCAUUUAGUGAAGUGCCGUUCUUUGUACUGAUAGUCCAAUAUGUCUACCUAGUAAUACAGCAAAACCCCGUUAAUCCGAUAACCCCGCCCUCCGGACGGCGUGGGGAACGCCGACAUUUGUACACACACAGGAACAUUUCUUCCUACCCCGGAUUCAUUAAUCCGGACAUUGUGUUAAGCUGGAUUAUAUCGAUGAGAACGGUGCCAUCCGGAUCAACGGGGUCUUCUGUAUUAUACUACACAACUUUUGAUAAAGAUACGGAGAUACUUCUUAUUAUCAAAUCUACACGUAAUAAGUAAUGACGUAAUGUGUGGGAAUCAAGAAAUAACAAUAAAAACAUAUCCCUAUCAAAAGUUGAAUAGUAUAUAAUGAUGUACAUUGCAUGUUCUAGGUCAGCAACGUGCACCUGUUGUCCCUGAUCAAUGUAAAGCCCCCGUUUCGUGAUUGGUGCAUCACGUCACAUGACAUUUGAUCACGUGCUUUAACAUUAUCCAAUUAUAAUCAACAUCUUUGCCAUCUCAGGAUCCUAAACCUGCUCUUAUAAAUGCUUACGUUAUGUUCUGUUAGUAUCAAACCCAUUAAGCGUGCACUGUGUACCAUCCAAGAGCCGUGUUGCACUUGUUCUAAAAGCAACUUAGGUAAGCUUCUAUAUUUGAGCCAAAACAUUUACUUGCCCGCGGAAGUUCAUAUCGGUGAAGAGACCGCAUGACAAGAGGGAGCGAUGAGUGGAUGUUACUGAAUGGCAAGCCUGUGUACCGUUAUAUAGCAUUGUGUCUUGUUACUUGGUUCUUGGUCUGUUACUGAUUGUUUGACAGUAGAGUGUACAUAUGUCAGCACAGUACCAUUAUUUGUACAUUGUCCUGUAUAAAGGUGGCAUCAUUUGCACAUAUAUUGUGUUUCCACGCGUUGUGACGUCACUGUUACUGCUGAGAUUUGAUAAAGUUUAUAAUAAAAUGUUGAGUUGA